AUGUUUUACGGUUCCUCGUCCGCAAGCAUGUCGCUCCCCUCCAAGAGCCGCAUCAAACGCCAAUCAAAGACCUUCACGCAGGUCCUGUACCGCACGUUGAGUUAUCGCGAUCGGCGCUCGGUGACGGAGAUGGUUGCCCCCGACGACCCUGCGGAACUCUCCACGGCUAGCUCUGCCCCCGGCGUUCUGAAGGUGUUUGGCGACGGAGUGUGUGUCGGCGCCAACUACAAAAGUGUGUUAGCCACGCCCACUUCCAGCGCUCACGAGCUCGUCAAGGAGGCUCUGGAGCGUUAUGGUUUGAGUCGUGAACACGCCCACUAUUACGUGCUCUGUGACGUGAUUGGUCGCCUGGAGGGACCCGAGCGGCGCUGGCGCACGCAGGCGGUGCGGUCGCUAGGUAACCAUGAGAAGCCUCUGCUUCUUCAGGAGAUGUGGAAGCCAAGAGAAGGCCACGCUCGCCGCUUCGAGCUCCGCCUCCGAGCAGAGCUGGACCAAUUACACAGCAGAGACAGAGACACGGUCACCGCAGACAUCAAUGCGCAGGCUCGUAAGGUUCAGCGUAACCGUGCUAAGGGGGCCAUGACGCUGCCCCGUACCUCCUCGCUAUGCCGGUCGCUAUCGGAAACCAGCCUCACCAUGGUGGGCGUGGCCGGGCCGGAGCCUAAACGAUACUACUCCACGCUGCCCGGACCAAUCAGAGCUCGGAAGGAGCAAUCAGAUCGUCUCAUCCAAUCAUCACCAGAGGGGGGCGGGGUCAAGCACUCCCUCUACCAAUCACCACAUCUCCUGCUGCUACAGGGCUUUAACAGACAGGACUGCUUGGUGUACCUGUUGAAUCGCGAGCAGCACACGGUUGGCAUGGAGACGGCCUCUGCGCGUCCGAGCAUCUGCCUGUCGUCGCCUGACAUCCUGCCGCUGCACUGCCUCAUCCGUCGCCACGGCACCCACCCGGCCAAUUACAGGCUGCUGCUCGAGCCCGUCGCCCCUGGCAACCUCGUCAACUUCUGCCCGGUGGACCGGGCCACGCCCCUUCGUCACGGCGACCUGCUGUCGUUCGGCGCCCACUACAUCUUCCUGUUCAAGGAGCCAAUGGGAGGCCACGGAACGCUCUCCUCGCACACGCUCGCCCGCCUACGCCUGCUGGUCGCCGACGAUGACGGGGGGGAGAGGGGGGGCGGGGUCUGCCGGGCGUGCGGCUCCACCCUCCCCGCAGCGCAGCAGCUACAGACCACCAGAACGCCGUCGCAGUCGUCGCGUCCCCAACGGCGGCCGGUGCAGCUGGAGUUUGAGCCGGCCCACGAGGAGGCGCUGGUCCAGCGAAUCACGUCGCUCGUCGAGCCGAGCGGCGACGAGCACAAGCUAAGCCCCGCCUUCCUGCUGUGUCUCUGCAUCCAGCACUCGGCCAAUGAGCACCAACCAGGAAGCUACGCCACACUCAUGCUGAAGAUCGCCAGACGCAUACAGACCAUCGCAUGGGAGAAGACGAAAGAACUAGCACAGAAGCAGGCACAACAUCAGGAUCCGGCUGCCCUCUCCCUGCUCAGCAUCUCUGACCUGAUUCCGGAUCUUCAGCACGUUUUCUUCUGGAUGUCCAACUCCAUAGAGCUGCUCUACUUCAUCCAGCAGAAGUCACCACGAUACAUGCACACCAUAGAACAGCUGGACACAGGUUCUAAGGAGUCCAUCUUGUCUGCUUCCAUCUCUGUGAGUGAGGAGGCCAUGAGCGUUCUAGAGGAAGUCAUCAUGUACACCUUCCAGCAGUGUGUUUAUUACAUCACCAAGUCUCUCUAUGUAGUGUUGCCUGCGUUGAUGGACUGCAACCCGUUUGUGUGUGAGAGGGGAACUCUACCAGAGCCGGCCGCAGCAGUACUACAGGUCUUCCAGGUCACACAAGAACUCCAGAGCCUCUUCCAGGUCCACCCUGAUAUCCAGAAGCAGAUGUUCUCCUAUCUCUUCUUCUUCUGCAACGUCUCCCUCUUCAACCAGUUCAUGGACAAAGGUCCGGCGCGCGGCUGGUUCCAGCGUUGUCGGGUGCUUCAGAUCCAGGCCAGCGUUCAGUUCCUAUUGGACUGGGCCGAGGGGGAGGGGCUUCAGACGCUCACACACACCUUCUUCAGCAAGAUCAACAGCACGCUGGCUAUACUGGCCACACCCCCUCAACACCUGACACAGAUGAGCUGGCGCUCCCUGUCCCAGGAGUACUCGUGUCUGAAGCCAGUUCAGCUGCACCGCAUCCUCCUGCACUACCAGCAGAACGCAGACAUAGCCCCCAUACCACACUGGACCCCCACACACGAGGACGAGACAUACGUUUGCAGAACAGUGGACCUUCUGGAGAGUUUUGAGAACCACCCUCCUAUCGUGCUGCCCAGUGGGGGGUUCAGAGUGGACGUGGAGAGAGAGACUGUAGAGGAGAACCUGUAUAGACAACUACUAUACGUCAAACACUUCCUAUGGGGCCUACGGCAGAGGGAAGAGCCGGCACCACAAUCCAGCCCUCGACCUGGCGACCGAGAGAGGACUCACGUCCGAGGAGAAGGGGAAGGAGAGAGCCUCUCAGACCCGUCCUGCCUGCUCACGCCACCACACACACCUCUCUACCCCGAGACGGGCCAGAACACACACACGCACACACACACGCCUCCUCAGACCACAGGCCACGGCGACGUACAAACUAACGGCCCUGUGGAGACGAGCGACAAAGGGACCAGCCAUCACACCAACGGAAUCAUCAGCACCGCCGGCAUCGAAGGCGGGUUCCCCUUUGCUGUGCCCUCCGUUGCCCCUAGUAACGGCCAAUCAUCUGCCCUUGUGGGCGUGUCUUCCGUCUUUGUAGUGGAGCUGCAGCGCGGAGCCUACGGACUCGGCAUGGGACUGAUAGACGGCCUGCACACAGAGUUGAAGGCUCCAGGUAUCUAUGUUAGGACUUUGAUCCCCGACGGGCCUGCAGCGUCUGACGGCCGUCUGCGAAUCGGAGAUCGAAUCCUCGCAGUCAACGGGACGAGCCUCAUAGGAGCGGACUACCAGAGUGCUGUGGACCUGAUCCGCUUGGGUGGAAAUCGUCUUCGCUUCCUGGUGGCGAAAUCAGACAAGGAGAUAUCAGCCAAGAUUAGCGCCUCAUCAUGCUGA